UCUCUGAAUAAUAUGUUGUAGGUUAAGGUUCUGUACUGGAUUAUUGUAAUCUGAAUAGACUGUCCAUGUUCCAUGAUGGUGUGAAAUGUAUGGUACUGUGUGUUGCCAUUGUUUACAGUAAUUUAUGAGUAAGUAGACUUACCAGUUACCACAUCACUUGAUGUUGUAAGCUGAAAAGUCAAUCUGCGAACAAUCAAACAAAGUCUUUUAGCAGUGAAAAUUAAAUUAGCUUUUGGAUACUGUUACGCAAUCUUUACUAUGUGCUUAUUUGUUCGUGACAUAUUCAAAUGGUUAAGCCUUAAAAAAUCAUUACACUGUCCUGAAAUUAUGAAAGAUCAAGCUAGAAUAGUUGGUUGAAUAUCCAAAAUCUACUCAAGCCUCGAAUCUAACUGAGAGUAGAUUUGGGCUGUAACCUUAGUGUUGCCACUUAAAAUUACUAUUUUUGAUUGUUGUAUGUCACGGUCUUUGCUUCAAACGAUUAAAGUGGUAACGAAACGGUUAUUUUCUUUUUUCAGGUUUUUACUAACGCUUUUUACAGGAUUCCGGUACGCUGUUUUUGGUGCUGUCCUACCCGAAUGAAACUAAAAAUUUAACAAUUUUUCAAUUUUCAGGUUUUUGAGAUGCACAUUUACGUCUUGUUCUUUAUUUUUGACUGUUUUGUUUUUGACGAAAAUCUUUUUGUAGGACAGCAAUGUUAUCAAAUGGCAGAAAUAAUGACGACCGUAAAAUCAUUGUGCGUCAAUUAGAUUUUAACACCACCCAAACAACCAUCGAAAGCUAUUUUUCUCAUUACGGUCAUGUCCGCGAGAUAAUCAUGAAAUUUAACGAGACCGGUCGCUCGAAAGGUUUUUGUUUCGUAGUUUUUAACGACAAACAGUCGCUGGAGGGCGUGUUGAAUAAAGAGCACGAGAUAGACGGAAAGAAAGUUCAGGUGCGGCGAGCGGGAGAAACAGCGGGCAACAACAUGACUAACAAACUAUUCUGUGGAGGACUUCCACAUGCACUUAGCGAGGACGAUCUCAGUGAAUACUUCAGUCAGUUCGGACAAAUCAGUAACUUCGAGUUUAUCUUCGAGAAAGGGACUCAAGUUAGGAGACAUUUCUGUUUCAUCCUGUUUGAAGAUCCCAACUCAGUUGAGAAGAUAGUAGAGGGUAAACUACCACCUGGCAGUGUGGUCCACCAUAUCGGAAAAUACAGAGUCGAGUGCAAGAAGAAGUUCGAGGACAAUCACCCCAUUCAGAAGAAAGUAAAACGAGAAUCUAACAUGAAGAAAACAGCGGGAGAAGAGGAAGGUUGGGAAGGAGGUCCACCACACGCCCACACGGGUUACCCUCCAUCCCGUCCACCUACAGGAGGUUACUCUGCACCGCCCACCAGACGACCUCUGAUGAGGGGCCGCGCUGCUCACCAUGCUCCCUCCAGCUACACAGCUUACCCUGGUUAUGACGCCUCUUACACCGACCCUUAUGCUUCUUAUCCUGAUCCUUAUGCAGCUGCCGACCCCUACGCUUCAACUGCAGACCCAUACGCUGCUCAUGAUCCAUACGCAGAGUACGGUAGCUCAGGAUAUAGUGCCUCGCCAGGGUAUAGUGCUAGCGAGAGAGUAGGGUACCCAACACCCUGCGCUGUGUCUGGCUAUUCAAGUUACCCUGGGUACGAGUCAGAGUAUGGUGCUACACUUCCCUCCGGGGGUGGUCCUAUGAAGGCUAGAGGUGGUGCACGCGGCGGCGGUCGUGGUGCUUAUCGUCCUUAUUAACUAAUUUAUACAUGUUUAUUAUCCUCUAUCUACUGUCAGCAUUUUUCAAGGAUUGUAUUUGAUGUAUUGAACACAGGCCAUGUUUUUAUCAUUUUGACUGCAGAUGAAUGAAAAUCAAAGUUGGCUAUUAGUCGUUGCAAAUUGUUUUUAUGUUCGAGCCACUGGAAGUGUUCAGAAAGUUUUUGUCAUUAUAUUUCCAUUUCCACCAAAUGGAGCUGUAGCAAUUUUUUAUUUAUCACCAUAGAAUUA